UCCCGUUUUUUGAGCAGAUAAAUACUGCGGCAGGUCACAUUAUCAGUUUGUCCGGGUGGAGGCACAUGUACUGUAUUUAAGUGGCACUUUCACCUCGGCGCAAAAAACCCUCAGCAUCCAAUGGAGACGAAGGAUAAUUCAAUGCAGCAGGUGGAGCUAAACCUUCCCAGUGAGGAAACGAUAUCACCUCAAAUGGAUCUGGAGACCGCUCUGACUGAAUGUGCCGCCGCCCUCGACCUCUUUCUGAAUAACAGGUUUGCUGAUGCACUGGCUGUUUUAAAACCCUGGAAGAAUCAGAGCAUGUACCAUGCCAUGGGCUACAGCAGCAUCUUGGUGAUGCAGGCAGGCAUGACCUUUGACCCAAGCGACAUGGAUGCCGCCAUGACGUCACUGAGAGAAUCCCUGCAGACGUGUCAGGGAUUUCGGAAAAAAACUGGGAUCAUGGAGACUCUGACCAGCAUGUGGUACAGACAACCAGCUGACAGUAUGACGGAGGAGGAGGUGCAUGCAGAGCUGUGCUAUGCUGAGGUUCUGCUCCAGAAGGCAGCGCUCACGUUCCUAGAUGAGAGUAUCAUCGGCUUCAUCAAGGGCGGAAUGAGAAUACGAAACAGUUAUCAGAUUUACAAGGAUUGCCAGGCCAUGGUGACUGUCACAAAAGAAGUGGAAAAACAGAAGAGUACACACGUUCAUUUUCGAGGAGGCGUCAACAUGGGCAUUGGAUCCUUUAACCUGAUGCUGUCUCUGCUUCCAUCCAGAGUCCUCAGGCUGAUGGAGUUUUUGGGCUUCUCAGGAGACAGGGAGUUGGGGUUGUCAGAGCUGAGAGAGGGAGCAGCCAGUAAUGGCCUGCGCUCGAUCCUCAGCACCCUGACCCUGCUGAUGUUUCAUCUCUACAUCACAGUUAUACUCGGUACUGGUGAAGGAGACCUGGCUGAGUCUGAAGCUUUGCUUGAACCCUACAUUAAAAAGUUCCCUAAUGGGGCGCUCAUUCUUUUCUACACGGCAAGAAUUGCAUUGCUCAAAGGCAACUUCACCUUUGCCCAGGAGAAGUUCCUGGCGUGUAUCGCAGCACAGCAGGAGUGGCAUCAGAUUCACCACCUCUGCUACUGGGAGCUGAUGUGGGCCUACUCCUUUGAACAGAACUGGAAGGAGGCUUAUCGAUACGCUGACCUCCUCUGCAAGGAGAGCAAGUGGUCCCAGGCUACAUAUGUGUUCCAGAAGGCUGCCAUCUUGACCAUGCUUCCAGAGGAGGAAGUGGCCCAACUGGGAGAAAACGUGGUGGACUUAUUCAGGCAGGUUGAGGGUCUCAGACUGAGGAUCGCUGGGAAAUCGAUUCCAACAGAGAAGUUUGCAGCAAAGAAGGCCCAGCGGUACAUUUCCUCCAACCCUGUGAAACUGGUUGUCCCUGCGUUGGAAAUGAUGUAUGUGUGGAACGGCUUCACAAUAGUUGGAAAAAGGCCUGAGCUGACUGAAGGCAUUUUGAACACCUUGGAAAAAGCAGAGAAGCAGCUCAGAGAUGACCCAAACCCAUCAGAGUAUCACGUAGAUGACCAGUGUGUCGUCCAGCUGAUGAAGGGCUUGUGUCUGAGACAGUUGGGUCUUCUGGCCCAGGCUGAGAAGUGCUUCAACCACGUCAUCUCCAGUGAAAAUGAGAUCAAGCAUGAGAACUAUCUGGUGCCGUUUACCAUGUUUGAGCUGGGCCUGCUGCACAAGCAAAAAGGCGACAUCCAGACGGCCAUCACAGUGAUUGAAAAUGUCAAGCUGAACUACAAAGACUACAACAUGGAGUCCAGGCUUCAUUUCCGCAUCCAUGCGGUGCUCAACACUAUGGGCUCCUUUGCGGCCAAACUCCACCCUUCACGUACUCCCGCUUAAAGACCCCAGGAAAGUCAUCAAAAAAAAGCCUGAGACUCUUGCUCUCGACUCUGUGCUGCCCUCAGCUGUGUUGUGACUGAACUUGACCUUCUCUACAUGGGGUCUCACCACAGCCCUCACAGAGUGUUGUUUAAAAAGUACAAACCUGACUGAAAUUCAAUGUAGAGCAACAAGUAGAAGCGGCCUCAGAUGUUGAGCUACUGAACUGCCCUAAAAUGUUUUUGUUGUUUUAAUUCAAUCACGCUACAGCCUGUGAGCACUUCAAUAAUUGGAUAUUUAGUUUGAGGCUAUUUCACUUGUGUCUCUAUCAUCUUGUCUGCACAUUGGAAUUUUGAUUCUCUUCAGAAGAGGCCUCCAUAUAUAUAUGCUAAUGUGGCAACAAACUUCAUACAGAACAAUAUUUGCCAUUUUGUCAAUACAGGGCAAGAAGACGAUUGUGUUUCUUUCUUUGUUCACAAAACAACCACGAUAGGCCUCUUGGACAAAUCUCAAUUCUGUGAAUCUGAAAGACAGUGUCUUUCAAGAGGCCUAUCGUGGUUGUUAAUCUCUGGGUUCAAUCAUCUCACAGCCCUCUGGCUGUCUAUGAAGGGGCAAUAUCCCCCUGAAGUUUAGAUCAGAGGUACUGGCCCUAAGCCAUUAGGUCACAUUUGAGGUCAGGGCCUCGUGGGUUGCAGAACACCUAGGGGGGUGGGGUUGAACAAUGUUUUAGAGAUGAGCAGAAAGUGUGUAUUAGCCAAAACUGUCUCAAAAGACAAAAUAGUUUAAAAUCAAAACAUGAAAAUAUUUUUUUAAAGUCAUCAGGCCUCUGAUUUUAUUUGUACCCACAUGACCCCUGAGGCGAUGAUGGUGAUUAGUGAUGGCAUCAGUCGCAGCAAGUCGAAUUACAGCACCACAGGAAACAUAACCAUGUUGGUGAUUUAUUUUCUUUUUCUGACCAGUUCAAAUCAAUAUCUUCUGCCUGAUUCAGCCAUAGAA